AAAAAAAAACGCAGUGGGCUCAAGGAAAUAAGUGCUGGAAUCCUCUGCUUUCAUGUGUUGAUCAUUGUCAGCUUCACUUCCUUAUAUUUACGGUAUUUGGCGAGCCUCAUCCCUGAGGACAACCUGCCGGGGACUGGUGAGGUGACCGGUGAAGGCAAAAUAAGACAGAGCAUCAAUUUAGAUGACACGCUUGACUAUAGAGCCAGACAGGGGGUUGAAACACGCACAUCUUGGAAAGCUCCUAUCAUCUGGGAGGGGAUGUUUGACCCCAUUCUUUAUGACCAAAUGCACAUCCAAAACCAGUCAUCUGUGGCCCUCACCGUGUUUGCUGUGGGAAAGUACCUGGAUGCCUACCUGAAGACUUUCCUUACCUCUGCAGAACGACAUUUCAUGUUGGGAUUACAAGUGACAUAUUACGUGUUCACGGAUCAACCAGACAAGGUACCACACAUCGACCUUGGUCCUCAGCGAAGCCUGAAGGUUAUCCAGGUGGAAAAGCACUCCAGGUGGCAGGACAUCUCUAUGAUGCGCAUGAAAACGAUAUCAGAUACCAUAGAAUCAGAGAUUCGUCACCGCUGCAAUUAUGUCUUCUGCUUAGACGUGGAUCAGGAGUUUAAGGGAAGAUUUGGAUCAGAGGCUCUGGGGGAUUCUGUAGCUUUGGUACAUGCCUACUUUUACAAACUUCCAAAGGAUAUGUGGAGCUAUGACAAAAACCCCAAAUCCAAAGCCUACAUGGAAUACGGAGAUUACUACUACCAUGCUGCUCUCUUUGGAGGCCUGUGUGAACAUGUGAAGAGUUUGGCAGAUCACUGCUUUCUGGGUAUCAUGGAGGACAAACUAAAUGAUGUGGAGGCUCUGUGGCACGAUGAGAGUCAUCUAAACAAGUACUUUUGGCUUCACAAACCAAGCAGGCUGCUGUCCCCCGAGUACUGCUGGGACCAGAAUAAUAUUGACAACGACAUACACGUCGCUCGCCUAAUAUGGGCAGAAAAACAUUAUGACACCCUACGUGAUCAGUAGACCGGCUACAAGAUCCACAAAUUGUGAGAAAAGUCACCUGCCACUUUAACACUGGCUGGGUGAUAUGGUUGUAAUCAGUGUUACAAUAUCAAAAAAUAUGUUUAUGAUGUGAAUAUACAACAAGAAAUGGAAAAUGUUUACUCAAACCUUAAAAUAAAAUAAUCAAACUAA